AGUCAGUACGCGUGCACCCGCGGCCGAGUGCGGUCAUACUCGUCGUGGCUUCUAGCUAUUUUCAACCAAGGCGCACAAAAUUAUCGAUAAGCCGGCAAACUUCGUUCGUACUCGCGUCUCGCUGCACGUUUCGUGUAUUCACAUCUUAUCAGUACCUUUAUUCGAUAUUGUUACGGUUAAUCAAAUUGCAAAUUGGCGUGUGACGGAUGACUGAGGUUACGUUUUCGAAGUUCAUGUGGGAGCGCGAGAAAGAAGGGCGUGCAAUGGAGAGCUGUUACAAAUUGUACACAUGGAUCAACCAUACAAUCUUGAUGCUGUUGCUGCAGAUAUUCUGGAAGAUGAGCCAGAUAUCGGACUAUUUUAAGGAAAAGUCCAUAGAAGAUAAGAAGACGGAUUCUUUUAUAUUUUCACCGCUAUCGAAAGAGUCGAAGUUAAGAAGACAUAUACGAUCGAUGUCUGAUGUCCAGAGCAGUACACCUUACAGAUCGCCAUUCAGAUCAAGGAAGGGUACAAAUAAGAUCCUAACAUACGACUCUGAUACGAGAAGUAAAAGAAUAAUGACUUAUAAUAGACACAAACUCCUGGAGUCAUCAGAUUCUAGCGACUUUGACGCGACAAAGAACAAUCUAUGCAUAGAGCAUAAUAUUAAAAAGCAUAUGGAUUCCAUGAGAGUACUUUAACUUGUAAAGAUCUGACUGAGGAAGGCUCUACAAUCUAGUUUUAACUAGAGUGUAUAUGUUGGGUUUAUAUAAGUGUUAUCAUUGACUGUUCGAAGACUUGACAUCGACGACGUGUUCCCAACGUGAUCUACAAAGACUUACCUUGAGACUGUGAUUGCGUUAGAUUUAAUUAUUUUAAGAAAAUUUAUUAUUUAUUAAGUGAUUUAUAAUUUA